AUGUCACAAGCUUCUUCAAAUACAAUAGAGGAACCUACUCAAUCUUUGACAGAAAAAUAUAAUCGUAAUGAUUCAAAUCCACAAUCAGAAGAUUAUGAACAAGAAGAUAAAAUGGAUGAUGAAGUUGAUCAUUCAGCAGAUGAAUUAAAUAGAAAACCAUUAAGUGCUUACACAGGUAUAAUAAUUAUGUGUGUUUUAAUUGCAUUUGGUGGAUUUGUUUUUGGUUUUGAUACUGGUACUAUUUCAGGUUUUGUUAAUAUGACUGAUUUCCAAAGAAGAUUUGGUCAAAGAAACAGUUCUGGUUAUUAUUUUUCAAAUGUUAGAACUGGUUGCAUCAUUGGUUUAUUUAAUGCUGGUUGUGCGUUGGGUGCUUUGUUUAUUUCAAAAGCUGCUGAUUUGAAGGGUAGAAGAUUAGCAAUUAUGUUAGCUAUGGUUAUUUACGUUGUUGGUGUAAUUAUUCAAAUUUCUUCUCAACAUGCUUGGUAUCAAAUUAUGAUUGGUAGAAUAAUUACUGGUUUAGGUGUUGGUACUUUGUCUGUCGUUUGCCCUAUGUUUAUUUCAGAAGUUUCACCAAGACAGUUGAGAGGUACAUUAGUCUGCUGUUUCCAAUUGAUGAUUACCAUGGGUAUAUUUUUAGGUUAUUGUACUACUUAUGGUACUAAAACAUAUUCAGAUUCAAGACAAUGGAGAAUUCCAUUAGGUUUAUGUUUUGCUUGGGCUCUAUUAUUAGUCGGAGGAAUGGUCAGAAUGCCAGAAUCACCAAGAUAUUUAAUUGGUAAAGAUAGAAUCGAAGAUGCUAAAGCUUCAUUGGCCAAAACUAAUAAAGUUUCAGAAGAUGAUCCAGCAUUAUUAAAAGAAUUAAGAUUACUUCAAGCUGGUGUUGAAAGAGAAAGAAUGGCAGGUAAAGCUGGUUGGGCAACUUUAAUAACUGGUAAACCAAGAAUUUUUGAAAGAGUUGUUGUUGGAGCUAUGUGUCAAGCUUUACAACAAUUAACUGGUAACAAUUAUUUCUUUUACUAUAGUACCACAAUUUUCAAAGCUAUUGGUUUAAAUGAUUCAUUCCAAACUUCAAUUAUUAUUGGUGUUAUUAAUUUUGCAUCUACAUUUUUAGGUAUUUACUUAAUUGACAAAUUAGGUAGAAGAUCUUGUUUAUUAAUUGGUUCGUGUGCUAUGUCAGUUUGUUUCUUAAUUUAUUCUUUAGUUGGUUCUCAACACUUAUAUAUUGAUGGUCCAGAUGGUCCAACUAGACAUGCUGAUGGUAAGGCUUUGAUUUUCGUUACAUGUUUAUUCAUUUUCUUCUUUGCUUCAACUUGGGCUGGUGGUGUUUACUCAAUCAUUUCAGAAAUUUAUCCAUUAAAAGUUAGAUCAAAAGCAAUGGGUGUUGCUAGUGCUGCUAAUUGGAUUUUUGGUUUCCUUAUUUCAUUCUUUACUUCAUUUAUUACUGACGCUAUUCACUUUUAUUAUGGGUUCGUGUUCUUUGGUUGUUUAUUAUUUUCAAUUUUCUUUGUUUAUUUCAUGCUUUAUGAAACUAAAGGUCUUAAUUUAGAAGAAGUUGAUGAAUUAUAUCAAAGUGGUAUUCCAGCUUGGAAAUCAGCUAAUUGGCAACCACCUUCAGAAGAAGAUAUGGCUACUUCAACUGGUUACGCUGGUUACCAUAAAGCCCAAAAUGCUCAAGAAGAACAUGUUUAG